ACUGGAGGAGGAUGAAAGUAAUUGACUACAAGCAGAAGAAAGGUUGGUGGAGACCCCAGCCCACUUCUCCUGGAAAGAAAGUUACUAUCACUCUACCAUGUCCCAGAGUUCGCAGACAAGCGAAUUCCUCAGUCCAGAGGUUUUCCAACACAUCUGGGAUUUCCUAGAACAGCCCAUAUGCUCAGUUCAACCCAUUGACUUGAACUUCCUGGAUGAACCUUCGGAAAAUGGCACCACAAACAAGAUUGAGAUUAGCAUGGAUUGCAUCCGGAUGCAGGAUACGGACGUGAGCGACCCAAUGUGGCCACAGUAUACAAAUCUGGGGCUCCUCAACAGUAUGGACCAGCAGAUUCAAAAUGGCUCCUCUUCAACCAGCCCUUACAACACUGAUCAUGCUCAGAACAGUGUCACUGCACCAUCGCCCUACGCACAGCCGAGUUCUACGUUUGAUGCCCUCUCACCCUCUCCUGCCAUCCCUUCCAACACAGACUACCCAGGACCUCACAGCUUUGAUGUAUCAUUUCAGCAGUCUAGCACUGCCAAGUCAGCAACGUGGACGUAUUCUACUGAACUGAAGAAACUCUACUGCCAGAUUGCAAAGACCUGUCCUAUCCAGAUCAAAGUGAUGACCCCACCCCCACAGGGUGCUGUCAUCCGGGCCAUGCCAGUCUACAAGAAAGCAGAGCAUGUCACGGAGGUGGUGAAACGCUGUCCCAACCAUGAACUGAGCCGGGAGUUCAAUGAGGGGCAGAUUGCCCCUCCCAGUCAUUUGAUCAGAGUGGAAGGAAACAGCCACGCUCAAUAUGUAGAAGACCCCAUCACAGGAAGGCAGAGUGUUCUGGUACCUUAUGAACCACCCCAGGUUGGCACCGAAUUCACAACAGUCUUGUAUAAUUUCAUGUGCAAUAGCAGCUGUGUUGGAGGAAUGAACCGCCGUCCAAUUUUGAUCAUUGUAACACUGGAAACCAGAGACGGGCAGGUCCUGGGCCGUCGGUGUUUUGAGGCCCGUAUCUGUGCUUGCCCAGGCAGAGACAGGAAAGCCGAUGAGGAUAGCAUCCGAAAGCAGCAAGUUUCGGACAGCACAAAGAACGGUGACGGUACGAAGCGCCCUUUUCGCCAGAGCACACAUGGCAUUCAGAUGACAUCAAUAAAGAAACGGCGAUCCCCAGAUGACGAGUUGCUAUACUUACCGGUACGGGGACGAGAGACUUAUGAAAUGUUGCUCAAGAUCAAAGAGUCCCUGGAACUCAUGCAGUAUCUUCCACAGCAUACAAUUGAGACAUACAGGCAACAGCAACAACAACAGCACCAGCACUUGCUCCAGAAACAGUCCUCCAUGCAGUCACAGUCCUACGGGGGCAACUCCCCACCUCUGAACAAAAUGAACAGCAUGAAUAAGCUGCCUUCUGUCAGCCAGCUCAUCAACCCUCAGCAGCGAAAUGCCCUCACUCCAACAGCCAUUUCCGACGGCAUGGGAGCAAACAUUCCAAUGAUGGGCACACACAUGCCAAUGGCUGGAGAUAUGAAUGGACUUAGCCCAACUCAGGCUCUUCCUCCUCCCCUCUCCAUGCCAUCCACAUCUCACUGCACUCCUCCACCUCCAUACCCUACCGACUGUAGCAUUGUCAGUUUUUUAGCGAGGUUGGGCUGCUCAUCAUGUCUGGACUAUUUCACGACCCAGGGGCUGACCACCAUCUAUCAGAUUGAGCAUUACUCCAUGGAUGAUCUGGCAAGUCUGAAGAUUCCUGAACAGUUCCGCCAUGCCAUCUGGAAAGGGAUUCUCGACCAUCGGCAACUCCAUGACUUCUCGUCCCCACCACACCUCCUGCGAACCCCAAGUGGUGCCUCUACAGUCAGCGUGGGUUCCAGCGAGACACGGGGAGAGAGGGUCAUAGAUGCCGUCCGCUUCACCCUCCGCCAGACCAUCUCAUUCCCACCCCGUGAUGAGUGGAAUGAUUUCAAUUUCGACAUGGAUGCCCGGCGUAAUAAGCAGCAGCGCAUCAAGGAAGAAGGGGAGUGAGUCUCACUGCCCACUCCCCUGUUUCCUCCUGCCUAUCCCUCUGCAGUGCACUAUAUUAUCUGCCAGACCAUUUCCAUGAGCUCCUGUCUGCCUCCCUUUCUCAAUCAGUACCAUAAGGGGAGGAGAAUUGGGAGAGCCAUCUUUUCUUAUCUAAUGCAAUUUGUAAUCUCUGCCCCUGCUUUGGGCUCUGUUUCCUGGUUCAAACUUCCGUUUUACCCCUUGCCCAUGACAGUUGUUG